AUGACUCGCUCAUCACCAUUUCAAUUCCAGAAACAAACAUUUAAAAACGGUGAUGAAAAGGUACGAAUGAUCCUAGUUGAUUUUUCAAGUUCUUUAUUUCAUCAUGGUGAAAAUUGUGAGCACACUCGGCAUGCUGAAAUGUUAUUGAAAAAGAAAUUCUCUUUGCAACAAUUAGGAAAAAAGAAAUGGCUUUUAAAUCGAGAGUUACAAUACCAACGUCUCAUACCUGUAGAAUUUAUGAAUGAUCCUGAAUUUGUUUUGAACCAUAUCAAAAAGUAUGGUGCUGGAUUCGAAUUUGCAUCGACACAAUUAAAAAAAGAUCGAGAAUUUGUAUUGAAGGCAGCUCAAUAUAAAGGAUUUAACUUUAGAUUUGCAGAUGAAAAUAUUCGCAACGAUAAAGAAGUGGUAUUGGCAGCGGUACAGCACGAUGAUGCUGCUUUGCAAUCUGUUUCAACAGCUCUUUUGAAUGACAAGGAGUUUGUGUUGGAAGUUGUGGGAAAGAAUGGAAUGGCUCUGAGAUGGUGUAAUGAAUUUCACUAUGACAGGGAAGUUGCAUUGGCUGCCGUCAAACAAAAUGGUGUUGCGUUGAAAUAUGUCACCUACGACAGCUCAAGUCAUUGGUACAAAACAAUUGCAUUGGAAGCAGUCAAACAACAUAAGGAGGCAGUUCUAUGGAUUCCCAUAGGUUUGCUUCUAGAUCCUGAUUUCUUUAUACAAGUACUCCAAAUACUAUUUCCAAAAGAUUUUCAAAGCUUAAACCAUGCUGAAUAUUCAACGAAUGAAAUCAUGACCAGGAUGAUUCAAGAAUUUGGGUUUUUACUUGGAUAUGUUUCGAGUAAACUCAGAACUGAUCGAAAAAUUGUUUUGAGCGCCGUUAGAAAUGAUGGGUGUUCAUUACGAUUUGCGUCUGAAGAUUUACAGAACGACAAAGAAAUUGCAUUAUUUGCUGUUCAACAAAGAGGUGAUGCAUUACAAUAUGUUUCAGAAAAAUUGAAAGGAGACAAACAAAUUGUGUUGGCUGCUGUAAAACAAAAUGGAUUUGCUCUUACACAUGCGUCAGAAGAGUUGCAGAAUGAUCGGGAAGUGGUGUUGCAUGCAGUAACUCAGACAGGCUUUUCGUUGCGUUAUGCCUCUAAUGAGAUGAAGAAAGACAGACUGGUUGUGUUGACAGCAGUAAAACAACACGGAGAAGCCUUGCUACAAGCAGGCGAUGAAAUGAAACGAGACCAAGAAAUGUUGUUGGAAACUGUCAAACAAGGGUUGUUUAAUUUUCAAGAUGCAUCCAAGGAUUUGUUGUGCGACAAACAAUUCUUGUUGAAAAUUGCGAAACACAUCGGUGACACUCUUCGGUCUUAUAUACCAAUAGAAAUUAUCAAUGAUCAUGCAUUUAUGGGGAAACUAACAGAGGAAAUCAAAAAUUCUGGAUUUGUUGCAGAGUACAGUGAUGAAUUGUAUCAAGAAAGAAUGGAACGCUUUUAUCAUGGAGCGUAUUUGGGGACAAGCGGAAUCAUUAAGGAUCACGAAACAAAAAUUUCAGCAUCCAUUUGA